CAAAAAACUUUCAUCUUUUUCUUCCUCUCCCCUUUCCAAUGGUUUCUUUACCAUUCCUAUUCCGAAACAAAAAACCUCUCAUUUUCAUUCUCUUCAAUAAUAACAUCGAAUCUUUCUAAAUCAACCCCUUAAUUCAAAAACCACAAUGGAACAACAAUCACCAGAACAACAACCAAUAAUACUACAAAAACCACCCGGUUACAGAGACCCAACCACCCCACAAAAACACCAUCCUCCGCGUAAAACGCCUCCUCUCCCACCUUCUUUCCGACCAAAACCCAAGAAACGUCAUUAUUGUCGCAUGUGUUGUUGCACAUUCUGCAUCCUCCUCCUCAUCCUUAUCUUCAUCUUCAUCUUCCUCGUUGCACUUUUCUUCCUCCUCUACCAACCUUCUCUCCCGCAGUUUCACCUCGGUUCCUUCCGUGUUUCAAAUUUCAAGAUAAAACCAAACGCGGAUGGUGGAAGCCUCGACGCAGAUACAAUAACAAUGGUGGAUAUAAAGAACCGCAACCCAAAAAUUGCAUGGCAUUUUGAUCAAAGUAGUGUCCAAAUAUGGGCGGAUAAUGGUGACUUAAAUUUAGGUUCUACGAAGGUGGCGGGGUUUGACGUGAAAGUGAGGGAUACAUCAAAAUUGAAAGUACAAACAAAGGUUAAAGACGAGGUUUUGGAUGAGAGACAAAAGAGAAGAUUGAAAAGUGUGUUUGAAAGUAAAGCUCUGAUACCUAAUGUGGAGGUUAAAACAAGAAUAGGAUUUAAUAUUCAAGGUUGGAAAUCUAUGACGAUUGGAGUUACUGUUGUUUGCGGUGGGGCUACUAUAAGACAAAUUCAAAAUGGUGAUUCACCUCAUUGUUCCUUCACUAUUCUCAAAUGGAUCAAAAUGCAAUGAGUCGGGACUUUGUUAUUAUAUGAAUAUUAUGUAUGGGUUGGGAGGAUUGAUGUUCAUUUUGACAAUUCAAAGGUGAAGGAAGGUUAUGUGAUCGUAUAAAUUAUUUUUUUGUUACUUCUUUUUUCUUUUUUCAAAAGAGACGGAAGAAUAUAAUGUAUAUAUUCUUUGCUUUUGGAAAAGAAAAGGGGCAUUGUCUAUAGAAACUCAACUUGCUACUUAGUUCUCUCAAUUUAGGUUGCACAUAUAUAAGUCAUUAGGUUGUAUAUAGUGUGAAACUAUUAGUAUUUAUUAUAUGUAUAUAAUGUGGUUGUUGAUAGGAUUUAUCACUCCAACAAAAAAAUGGGAGAGUUACCUUUUUAAGGUGUAAUAUACCAUUCUCUUUUGAAACUAUGGUAAAGGAGAACUUAAGGGCCAAAAAUAUAUAUGGUUAGUGGUUAGGAAGAGAAGGAUAUAAGAUCUUCGUGAUUGUGACAUAUCUUGACAAAUAUGUUGUAUGUGUUUUUUUCUUCUCUUUUCUUUAGUGUAAAGCAUCAUUGAAUUUCUUUUAUUU